AUGAAUAAUUACAAGAAAGAUGAUGAUGACUUUUCUGCCCCGCAGCUGCAAGAACAUGAUGAACAAACUCAAAAGUUGGUGUCCCCAACAGAUGAAACUUCUUCUCCUUCACUGCAAUCCUAUCAUGUCGAAGAUUUCCAAGACCUGUAUGCCGACAAGACAAGAAAAUACAUUUUCAGCGAUUCCUUCACCUGCCCCGUCCCUUUACCCUGUAAAGAUGAUGAUUGUGACUCUGACGACGAAGACCUUUGGACUUCUUCGAAUUUCUCCAAACAACUGAUUAAUGAUAUCGAUGUUGAUACGGAUCUGGAAGAAAGUCAAGAUGCGUGUCACCCAGAUUUAACAAAGGAAACCUCGUCGCCCAAUCAGCCACGACUUGAACAUAAAUGGCGCCUACUUCUUUACCCACACGGAAAUCGUAAAGACGUUAACACUCAUAUUUCACUUUACCUGGCACCAACCCAGAGUCUUCAUGAACGUCAAAAUAGCCUUGAGACAAGAGUGGCGAAAUGGAGAUUUGAAAUAUUUCGCAUUAACGAAGAACAUGAUGACCAAAUGAUGGGUCUGACAAAGUUGGAUUGCCACCAGGAUGUCAUUCAAGAGAAGUUCACAUUCGCCUCCAGCGAACCGAACUGGGGUAUCGUGAAGUUCUGCGAUCUCAGUAAUAUAUUCACCAACUUUAAUCCGCAAGGUCUCGAGGUUCCUCCGAUCCCUACGGAAAAAGUUAAUCUUGUGUUUCGGGUACACUUUCUCGACGAGAACUCUCAUUUUACCACCACCGACAACAGCAUAGACAAUAUUAACAUCAAUAUACUGUUGAAAUUGGGUCCAUCCUUAAAGAACUUCUUUGAUAAUAAAAAAUUUAGCGAUGUGGAAUUUGUCUUUGAAGAUACCGAUGAAAAAUUGAGAGCUUCGAAGACGAUUUUGGCCUCGAGAUCUAAUUACUUUAACACCAUGUUUAAUGGUCAUUGGGUAGAAUCCAAUACCAAUGCUAUUCAUAUUAAAGAUGUUAGUUAUGAGAUUUUUAAAAUCAUCAUCUAUUUCCUUUACACCGGACACAUCGAUAAGAACUUGGAUUUCGAAGUGCUCAAGAAUGUUUAUUACGAAGCCGACAUGAGAGAAAUCCCGGAGUUAUCAAAGCUCAUCAGUUUUUUGCUAGUCAAUCUGGUGAACAAAAAUAAUUGGGACGAGAUAUUGUUGAUGGGAUGGCUGACCGAAAACUCCCAGUUGUUAGAACAAGGACUGAUGUAUGUGAAAGGUCAUUGGUUGGAGUUGAAGGACACCGAUAAGAUGAUGGAAUUGAUGAAAAGCGGUGAUACUCAAUGGAUCGAAGACUUGAAAUCAUGUAGUGACGGGGCAAUAAUUCCUUAA